GGCAAGCAGGCACCUCUUCACAGGGUGGCAGGAGAGAGAAAAUGCGUGUCAAUCACAGGGGGAAGCCCCUUAUAAAAUCAUCAGAUCUCAUGAGAAUGCACUCACCAUCACAAGAACAGCAGGGGGGAAACCACCUCCAUGAUUCAAUCACCUCCACCUGGUCCUGCCCUUGACCUGUGGGGAUUAUUACAAUUCAAGGUGAGAUUUGGUUGGGGACACAGAGCCAAACCAUAUAAUCCCCCAAAACUCACGUUGAAACCUAACCCCCUGUGCAAUAGUACUAGGAGGUGGGGCCUCUGGGAGGCACUCUGCCUUCAUGGAUGGAUGACUGCCCUCCCAAAAGAGGCUCCAGGGAGCACCCACAUUCCUCCCUUCCACCAUCCAAGGACACGUCUAUGAAUCAUGGGCCGUCACCAGACACUGAGUCUACUGGAGCCUUGAUCUUGGACUUCCCAUCCUCCAGAACUAAAACGUCAGGAGGGAAGCACACAGCUGCACAGGUCGUGCACCGAGACUCCUGCUGCCAGCACCUCCCCCAGCCUGGACUUUGGCUGUGUUUGUAGCCCUGUCCCAGCUCUCCGGGUGGGAAUGGCAGGCUGCGUCCCUCUGCUCCAGGGCCUGGUCCUGGUCCUCGCCCUCCAUCGUGCGGAGCCCUCAGCCACUUCACUGAAGGAACGACAUGGACUCCAUUCUGACUCUGCCUGCACAGGCGUCCAGGAAAGCUUAUUUCUCCCGGCCUCCAAAGCAAACGACGUUCUGGUGAGGUGGAAGCGUGCGGGCUCCUAUCUUCUGGAAGAACUCUUUGAGGGAAACUUGGAAAAAGAAUGUUAUGAAGAAAUCUGUGUCUAUGAAGAAGCAAGAGAAGUGUUUGAAAAUGAAGUAGUCACUGAUGAAUUCUGGAGACGCUAUAAGGGACGCUUCACGACCCCAGCUCAGCGGAUGCCAAACCUCUGGCUCCAGGACCCACGAUGUCUCUCCAGGGAAGGGCGCAGCUCUGACUCUCCCCAAGGACCAGGCGGCUCCCCGUGCAUCUCCCAGCCCUGCCUCCACAAUGGCUCUUGCCAGGACAGCAUCUGGGGCUACACCUGCACCUGCUCCCCCGGCUAUGAGGGCAGCAACUGCGAGCUGGCUAAAAAUGAAUGUCACCCAGAGCGGACUGAUGGGUGUCAACACUUCUGCCUCCCAGGACAGGAAUCCUACACGUGCAGCUGUGCUCAGGGCUACAGGCUUGGUGAGGACCACAAACGGUGUGUGCCCCACGACCAGUGUGCCUGCGGGGUGCUGACCUCCGAGAAGCGUGCACCGGAUCUACAGGACCUCCCGUGGCAGGUAAAGUUAACAAAUUCCGAAGGAAAAGACUUCUGUGGUGGUGUUAUAAUCCGGGAAAAUUUUGUACUGACAACAGCAAAAUGUUCACUGUUACACAGGAAUAUUACUGUAAAAACAUAUUUUAACAGAACGAGCCAAGACCCGCUGAUGAUCAAGAUAACGCACGUCCAUGUGCACAUGCGGUACGACGCGGACUCGGAGGAGAAUGACCUGUCACUGCUGGAGCUGGAGUGGCCCAUCCAGUGCCCAGGACCUACUGUGAGAGAAGCAGCGUGGCGGCCAUGCACUGGAUGGAGGGAAGUGUGGUCACCAGAGAACACAGAGGCUCCUGGUUCCUCACGGGGGUCCUGGGCUCGCAGCCAGUAGGAGGGGAGGCUCACAUGGUCCUUGUCACCAAGGUCUCCAGGUACUCACUCUGGUUUAAACAGAUCAUGAACUAACUGAAACUCAGCUAGCCAGAAUGAACAACACAACCGGAAGCGGGAUUCCAAGCUGGCACUGCCACUGUGGAGGGCGCUGAAACUUCAUCACACACUGAGAGGCCGUCACAGCCCCAGACCACCCGCUCGGCCCACGCAGCAGCAGAGCCGCUGUUUGCUGGGUUGUUUACCGAGCACUGUGACCUUUCUUUCCCUGGAACUCUUUAUCUCAAUAGAGACCUUAAAAGAAAACAUGAGAUACGUUAAAUAAUAAAAUAAGAUAAUCUGUCAGUCAUAAAGCA